AGCUGGAACCCAAGGGCAGCUCUUCCAGGCUGUUAGGCACUGGCCCCCACCUCCCAAAGCCGCCUACAGGCAGAGAGGCCCUGGAUAUCUCACAUCCCAGCAGCAGGCCACAGAACCAUGAGCCAGGACAGCAAAGUGAAGACAACAGAGUCCAGUCCCCCUGCUCCAUCCUCGGCCAGGAAGUCCAUACCUGUCCUGGACCCAUCUGGGGAUUACUACUACUGGUGGCUGAACACGAUGGUCUUCCCAGUAAUGUAUAACCUCAUCAUUGUCGUGUGCAGAGCCUGCUUUCCUGACUUGCAGCACGGUUAUCUGGUGGCCUGGUUGGUGCUGGACUACACGAGUGACUUGCUGUACCUACUGGACAUCGUCGUGCGCUUCCACACAGGAUUCUUAGACCAGGGCAUCCUGGUGGUGGACAAGGGUAGGAUCUCGCGACGCUAUGUUCGCACCUGGAGCUUCUUGUUGGACCUGGCUUCCCUGGUGCCCACGGACGUGGCCUACGUGCGGCUGGGCCCGCACACACCCACGCUGAGGCUGAACCGCUUUCUCCGUGCGCCCCGCCUCUUCGAGGCCUUUGACCGCACAGAGACCCGCACAGCUUACCCGAACGCCUUUCGCAUCGCCAAGCUGAUGCUUUACAUUUUUGUCGUCAUCCAUUGGAACAGCUGCCUGUACUUUGCGCUGUCCCAGUACCUAGGCUUCGGGCGGGACGUGUGGGUGUACCCGGACCCCGCGCAGCCUGGCUUUGAGCGCCUGCGACGCCAGUACCUCUACAGCUUUUACUUCUCCACGCUGAUCCUGACCACGGUGGGCGACACGCCAAUGCCGGCCCGGGAGGAGGAGUACCUCUUUAUGGUGGGCAACUUCCUGCUGGCUGUCAUGGGCUUCGCCACCAUCAUGGGUAGCAUGAGCUCUGUCAUCUACAACAUGAACACUGCAGAUGCAGCUUUCUACCCAGAUCACGCGCUGGUGAAAAAGUACAUGAAGCUGCAUCACGUCAACCGCCGGCUGGAGCGGCGAGUUAUUGACUGGUACCAGCACCUGCACAUCAACAAGAAGAUGACCAAUGAGGUAGCCAUCUUACAGCACUUGCCCGAGCGGCUGCGAGCUGAGGUGGCUGUAUCUGUACACCUGUCUACUCUCAGCCGGGUGCAGAUCUUCCAGAACUGUGAGGCCAGCCUGCUGGAGGAGCUGGUGCUGAAGCUGCAGCCCCAGACCUACUCACCAGGCGAAUAUGUAUGCUGCAAGGGGGACAUUGGCCGAGAGAUGUACAUCAUCCGCGAGGGUCAACUGGCUGUGGUGGCAGAUGAUGGCGUCACACAGUAUGCUGUGCUUGGUGCGGGACUCUACUUUGGGGAGAUCAGCAUCAUCAACAUCAAAGGGAACAUGUCUGGGAACCGCCGCACCGCCAACAUCAAGAGCCUAGGUUAUUCAGACCUGUUCUGCCUGAGCAAGGAGGACCUGCGGGAGGUGCUGAGCGAGUAUCCACAAGCCCAGGUCGUCAUGGAGGAGAAGGGACGUGAGAUUCUGCUCAAAAUGAACAAGUUGGACGUGAAUGCAGAGGCAGCUGAGAUCGCCCUACAGGAGGCCACUGAGUCCCGGCUGCGAGGCCUAGACCGGCAGCUCGAUGAUCUACAGACCAAGUUCGCUCGCCUCCUGGCUGAGCUGGAGUCCAGCGCACUUAAGAUCGCUUACCGCGUCGAACGGCUGGAGUGGCAGACUCGAGAGUGGCCGAUGCCCGAAGACCUGGCUGAGGCCGAUGAUGAGGGAGAAGCUGGGGAGGGAACUUCCAAGGAUGGGGAAGGCAGGGCCGGCCAGGGGGGACCCCCAGGUCCAGAGUGACUACAUCCCCAUCCCCAGGACUCCCACCUCUGAGUAAAUCCAGAUUUGUAGGAAAGCCUGCCUGCAGAAA